GUUGUGGGUUGCUGCUUUGUAUACAGUAUGUAGGUUUAUAAAAGGGAUGCCACAGGUGGCUCCAGAGAAGCUUAUACAAUCUCCCCCUGUCUCUGUGGUAAAGAAUGGCACAAACAGGUCCUCUGGAUAGAAAGCAAUUGUGCUGCUCAAUUUGUCUGGAGAUACUGAAGGAGCCAGUAGCUCUUCCCUGUGGACACCGCUACUGUAUGGGCUGUAUCAGGGCCUGCUGGGGUGAAGAUUCCUCCUCUUACAUCUUCAGCUGUCCUCAGUGCAGACAGACCUUCACUCCAAGACCAAUUCUGAAGAGAAACAUAAUUUUGGCUGAGAUGGUGGAGAAACUGAAUACAGGAGGACUCCAAGCUGUACCCUCUGGUCAACGCUGCCGGUAUGCUGAAGCUGGAGAUGUGGCGUGUGAUAUCUGCCUCGGUGGUCAGAUCAAAGCCACCAGAUCCUGCUUGGUAUGUCUGGCCUCUUACUGUGCAGCUCACCUCCACACUCACAACGAAUCUCCUGCCCUCAAGAAGCAUACCCUGGUUGAAGCCACCAUGCCACUGCAGGGGCGGAUCUGCUCUCAUCACGAUAGACUACUGGAGAUCUACUGUCGUACUGAUCAGCAGUGUGUCUGUCUGCUGUGUGUGAUGGAUGAACACAAGAGCCAUGCUACCGUCUCAGCUGCAGCAGAAAGCACCAAGAAACUGAGGCAGCUGGGGAAGACGAGGAAGAAAUGCAAACUGAGAAUGCAAGCCAAAGAAAAGGAACUGCUGGAUCUGAGACAGGCUCUGCAAUCACUGAAGCACUCUGCACGGACAGCAGUGGAGGACAGCCAGAAGAUCUUUACUGAGCUGAUCUGCUCCAUAGAGAGAAGGUGCUGUGAGGUGAGAGAGCUGAUCAGAGCCCAGGAGAAGACUGCAGUGAGUCAGACUGAAGGGCUCAUACUGAGACUGGAGCAGGAGGUGGCUGAGCUGAGGAAGAAAGACUGUGAGCUGGAGCAGCUUUCACACACAGAGGAUCAUAUCUAUUUUCUACAGAACUGCCAGUCAAUCUCUAAAUCGACUGAACUCACAGACACACCCAGAAUCACAGUGGUUCCUCUGGUGGAUUUCGGUCAAGUUCGAGCCUCGGUAUCAGCACUCCAGAAGAGAUUGGAGGACCUGUUGAAAGGGGAAUGGCCCAAAAUCUCCAGGGCAGCGGGCACAGUGAAACUCCUGCAGUGUCCAGAGCCCCGGAUCAGACCAGAGUUCUUAUACUAUUCCUGUCAGCUCACACUGGACCCCCGGACAGCCCACAGGGACCUGAGUGUGUCUGAGGAGAACAAGGUGGUGACAGUGAGGGCCAGGGACCACUCCUGCCUGGAGCACCCAGAGAGGUUUGAUCACUGGAGCCAGGUGUUGUGUACUGAGGCCCUGUCAGGACGCUGCUACUGGGAAGCCGAGUGGAGCGGGAGUGGCAUCAACAUGGCUGUGGCGUACAAAGAGAUGACCAGGAGAGGAGAGGGCAACGACUCCCACUUUGGACGCAAUGACAAGUCCUGGAGUUUGUUCUGUUCCAGAAAAGGUUGUACCAUCUGGCACAAUAACGUGGCCACAAGAAUACCCACUUCAACCUCCUCUAGGAUAGGAGUGUACCUGGAUCACAGGGCAGGAAGUCUGUGUUUCUACAGAGUCUCUGACACAAUGACCCUGCUCCAUAGAGUCCAAACCACAUUCACUCAGCCCCUCUAUCUUGGCUUUGAGUUUAUGUGUUUUGGAGUCUUCGUUAAAUUGUGCCAGAUGGAAUGAAAGUGAAACAGCUGAGAGAAAGGCAAUAGCAUGUGUGAAAAUGUGUUUAAUGGUGAAGUUAAUUGAUAGUCUCAAAUGUCGCUCACCCCAGUUUGUAUUUGUUUAUUACUGAAGAGUUAAAGUAUAGUUUAGUAGUUUAGUUACUGUAGAGUUUUUAGAAUUUGUAUUUUGCUGGCAAAACAAAGUACAAUAAUUUCAAUGCAAAUUCUGCAAAUACCUUUUUGUGAAAUUAGAGGAAAAGUCUAUCCUGUUCCCCCAUUCUCUAAUUUGACUGUCAUCACAUCCCCAUUAUGUUGAUUCGAAAUUGUCAUAUUAAGGGCAAUAUCAAUAGCACUGACAUGUGUGUUUUUAAAACACAUUUAUUGUGGUAUGUUUUUAUCAAAAGUAUCACAAGUAACCUCCGUGGCAACAGCACAGCAGUGCGCAAAAGUUGGGGUGGAGUGGGGUGGGCAUUUCUAUGUGUUGUGUUUCUAUGAUUUUCUAUCUAUAUGUUUUGGCCUGGUAUGGUUCCCAAUCAGGGACAGCUGUCUAUCGUCUCUGAUUGGGAACCAUACUUAGGUGUCUUUUUUUCCCCACCUAUCUUGGUGGGAAGUUAACUUUGUUUGAUGGCACAUAGCAUGAAGCUUCACGGGUUGUUUGUGUAUUGUUUAGUCGGUGUCAUUUUGAGUUAAUAAAGAGAAAACGUACGCUCAC